AUGGCCGAUGCAAACAUCGACUUCAAGCUCUACAGAUACACCCCAUCGCAGGCCGCAGCAGGGCUCUUCGUGGCCUUGUUUUCCCUCACAACACUCUACCAUGCCUAUCAGAUAGGAAAGGCACGAGCAUGGUACUUCACCGCAUUUUUGCUGGGGGGAGUCUUCCAGAUAAUCGGCUACAUCUGCCGUGUAAUAGCGCACAGCAACAAGGAGUCGAUCCCAGUUUACAGCAUUCAGGCCAUCCUGAUUCUGCUUGCCCCGCCGCUCUACGCCGCGUCGAUUUACAUGGUGCUCGGCCGACUGAUCACCUUUUUGCGCGCAGAGCACCUGAGCGUGGUUUCCGUACGGUGGAUGACCAAGAUAUUCGUGAUCGGAGACGUCAUUGGCUUUCUCUGCCAGGCUGCAGGUGGCGGAAUCAUGUCCAGCGGGACCAUCGAGAACUACGAGCUCGGCGAAGAUGUUACAGUGGCCGGCCUCGCAGUCCAGCUGACCUUUUUCAGCGUCUUCAUGGUAACAUGUGGGAUCUUCCACCGGCGUAUUCGCAACAAUCCGACCGAGCAGGCGAGUGCACUUGCGGCUUGUCUUCGCUCAAAGACAGCCCGGACAUGGGAGACCGUGCUAUAUGGACUCUACACUGCGAGUAUUCUGAUCCUGGUCCGCUCGAUCUUCCGCCUUGUUGAAUAUGUGCAAGGGAACGCCGGCUAUCUGAUCAGCCACGAGGUGUUUAUGUAUGUCUUUGACGCGGCGCUGAUGUGGCUCACGAUGGUGGCUAUGAAUGCUGCCCAUCCGUCGAUGAUUCUCACGGGCUCGCAGAAGGACAGGAAUGCGGAGAUGCAGGAGAUUGGCCCAGAGGAAGGGCUGGUUUAG